UCAUCUUGUAUAUGCAUUGGACAGCGUAAUCGUCAUUUCAUUUCUAGCCGUUUUUUUUCAACUGACAUCACACCUGUGCAUUCAAUAGACCUUGGGCGUAACGAUCAAAUUUGAACCGACAACGCAUUUUCUGUCAAACAAAGCAAUCGACGCACAAACAAACAGUCAGGCGUCGCUUUUCAGCUUAGCUUCGGUCGGCGUUGUAUUGUUUUGUUGUGUUUAAUAUUCGCUGAAGUAAAAAUGGCCCCACGAAAACGGAAAGUGGUAGUGGCAACGAAUAAUACGGCAGAAACAGUGAAAUUCUCAACCGUCGUUAUACAGACGGUCCUAAAUGCGCAGCAAAAUGAAACCAUACAUGCUAAGCUGGUGAAGCAGCUGAAGCAACUUUACGGUACCGUGCAGCAUGAUUCGUUUAUGAAAUCUCUCAUCCAAGUGAUAAAGUGGCAGAUGGAACACGAUGAAACGAACCCGUUUGCAAACAAUGUGCUUAAGUUUUGUGCCAAAUUUGUAGCUGAUCCGGAGUACAGUGGGCAAGCCGUUACGCACCCGAUUAUGGCAUCAAUGUUCGAUUGGCUGCUUACCACGAUCAGCGCCAUACAGCGGAUACGGUUCCGGGUUUGUCAGCUUGUAAACUUGAUCCUGAAUGCGUUAGGUGCGGAUGCGGCAUUAGACGAUACGAUCUGCGAUAAGAUUCUGCGCUACAUGCUUGAGAGGAUACGCGACGCUUCGCAGCACGUACGGGUACAAGCCGUAUUGGCACUGCAGCGUUUACAGGAUCCGAGUUCACCGGAAGAUCCCGUAGUGCGCGCAUACGUGUACCAUCUGGAUAAGGAUCCAUCGCCGAAGGUACGGCAGGCAAUCAUCUCCUCCCUGGGACGGAAUUAUCGCUUGAUUCCUUACAUACUGGAGCGACUGUGGGACGCAGAUGAGCGUGUGCGUCGGCACACGUACAUGCAGAUGAGCAGCUACCCGGUACGGCAGUAUAAGAUCGAGCAAAGGUUAAAAUUCCUCGAGCAAGGUCUCAACGAUCACUCCGAGGCCGUACGCGAUGUGAUGUGUAACGUCAUGAUUCCACAGUGGAUUGAAUCGUACCAGCGCGAUUAUGUCAGAUUUGUUGAGGCUUUGAGGCUCGAUUCGGACGAGAAGGAAAUGGAACGGUUCCGGAAGGCAGCCAAAACGGUUCUGAUGGAAAUUUUCAAGAAAAACGGUAUAGAAGAAAUGGUUAGUUUGCUAAAGUUUGAAGGAGAGAACAAAACAGUACCACUGGAGGAACUUACCAUCGAGCGUCUGAUCUGUUGGCAAACGAUGCUGGAAUACCUGCAAAACACCGAUCCCGACGAGCUGGACGGUUAUAUGGUCGACCUGAGCAAGUUUUGCGAGUACCUGAAAGCAUUCAUAUCGAACCCGAAUGUGGCCGCAUUCAUGAGGGCCGCUAAUAGCAGCGCGAUAAGCAACUCAGUGUCCUCGCCUGGUCAGUCCGAAACGGUGGAUAAACUACAGCAACUGUACGUGCAGUGCAGCCUCCAGAUCAUGCUGGAAAUAGUGCUAAUGUACGACUUUGGCGAUGAGUUUGGGCGGGAAAAUUUGAAGCUGGCGCUGUCGCAUAUUGUCUGCAAUGAAAAUCUGUCCGAAGCGAACGUUCGACAGAUAAUGGAAACGUUCGAGAAGCUAAUCACCGACGUGGAGACACGGUUGAACUUUUUCGUGGAGUUAGUGAGCUCCAUACUGGAACCAUCGGGACAGGAUGUUACCGACACUUCCCGUCAGCUGAUCGAUGCCUACCUGGAGAAACAUCCCGAAAUGAAGAUGACUCAGCUGAAGAUUUCCGAACUGCGCAUGAGAAUCCUGGAGCUAAAGGAGCAGGAAAGUGUACUGUCGGCGCAGAAGGAUUACGCCGGAGCCCAACUCAUGCACGAGGAGGUUAACGUGUGCAAUGAAGAGUACGCCAAUCUGGUGAAACCGCUUGUGCAGGAAAUAUCGUUGGCUACGACUGGCACCGAUGAUGAUACCGGUACCACCUGCAGAAGUACACUGCUGGUUCGGGACUCGAUGCUAAAACCGCGCCGCUUAACACAGGCCACGAUUGAGAAGUGUCUGCAGUUAUGCUUCUAUCUCGUCAACAACCGAUCGGUGCGUUUCCUUACACCGCCGGUGUGUAAUCUGUAUCCGAUGUUUAUAAGCCGCCACGUACAGUCCGGCCAGCUGUCGACGCGCAACUGGGCAUUGCGGACUGCCACCGCGUUCAGCAUGCUGUACGAUGGACUGAGCAAGGAAACGUUCCAGCUGCUGUACCAACAGUUCCUCAAUACUGCCUCAUCGCGGCUGUGGAAGACGGCAUUCGAGUGUGUGUUCGAACUGCUCGACAAGUACGGUUUCGAGUACUUCGAUCUCGAAAACGAAGACACGGCCAAGGAUGAUUCGCGCACGAACAAAAACUCGCGCCAAUUGUUUAGCCGACACAACACCAGCUACCACGACGAGUCGACGAGCAGUGUGUCCUGCAAUGGGAACGAGUUUUACAAGAUGUCCGUCCACUUCAUGGACACGUGCAACGACAAUGCAAUCUGUUCGGCUAUCAUCGAUGGGUUCUGUCGGUUGAUUUUGCGCGGCCGCUGCACCUCGGCCGAUAUCAUGUCCAAGCUGUUGCUACGCUACUUCAAUCCAACCACCGAGCCGGAAAUGCAGCAAAUGUUAGGCAUCUUCUUUCAGCGCCUAAUUGCGAAGCGCCGGCAGGAGGUCAUGCAGAAGGCAUUGCUGAACACGCUGUUCAACGUACUGGAAGCAUCGAGCGAGAGCCCACUGGCCGAGGUACGGCCGGAAUCGGUGAUCAAGUUCGUGAUAGACUCAACGCGGCCUGUCUUCUGCAAUGCCGGCGUUAACCCGCACAACACGAUCGCGGUGACGUUCUUGCGGGUGAUGCGAGAUAACAUUACGCUGAAAGAUCUGCUAAAGUUGCUAAGCAAAGAACUGCUCGUGCUGGACAUUAAGGAUGAUGUGGGACUACGGACCGAUUUAGCGAAUGCGGCGAGUGAAAUUUUGAACGAACCUAGCCUAGAUGUGAAGACGAUCAAAAACUUGACAACGUUCCGUGAGAUGAUGCUGGGGAAAGUUCGGGACACACUCACAUUUUCUUCGGCGCAAAUCCUACCGAAUGAAGAUCGAACGGAAACACCCCUAUCGGAGGAGAACGAAGAUGGAAACGAUGCGCCAAUCGACGAAGAAGAACUCGAGCAGGAGCAGAGCGAAAGCACGGAACGUUCUUCUGAGCAACGGCCACAGAUUAACAAAUCGAUACUUCAGGAAGAUUCCGAUACGGAUCUGCUUGCAUCACCGAUGAAAUCUACGCAGGGACCACCAGCAUCAGCCUCAAUGAUGUCUUCUCCGGCAAAAACUCAAACCAAUGCUGCUCCUGCUGGGAUGGUGGAUUCGGGUGUCAGAUCUCUGCGACAGUCUCUGUUACCGUGUUCGCCUGCGAAAGAGCUAUCUGCCGAUGGAAAGUUCAAAGUUCCCGAUGCAUCGACACUGCGCAAAAUGCAAGCUGCAUCCGCACGUGUAAGAAUGGCAAUCAGCUCACCCAAGGUGGCCAUAUCGAAAGAAGCGGCACCAUUGGAGGAUGAUUUUGAAAUUCCGGCCACAAACGAUGCGCAAAGUUCGGAAGAGCAUGGUUUUUCGAGCACGUCCGAGGAUGAGAUUCCUGAAACACAGCAAACGACGAAGCUACCGUACGCGAAUGUAUCGUUGCAACGUAGGACAAAGUCCUCCGUUAGGACAAGGAAUCGUAGUAAUAAAUCAACGAGCAAUAAAUCGUCCUCCUCAUCAUCAUCGGAUAGUGAGGCUGUCGAGGGAUCGCCCAACACUACGCUAAUUCGCAUCAAUCGUUCUGCAAGACCGCUGAACAAGGUAGCGGCCAAAACGUUGGUUGAGCGCAAAAACAUUGCGGUUCCCAGUACGCUACCACGUGCCACACGCAAUACUGCCCGCUUGGAGCUGAUGAACAGUAAGGUUAUGACGCGUAAAUCUCUGUCCGAACUGAAGUCGCCUACACAUCGUACAUCGGCAUCGAAAGCUACGCCGCAAUCGAGCAAAACUCCCACGAACAGCGCUGACACCACAAGACAAUCGCGUCGGUCAAAAAAUAAUUCCGAGUCUGACGCAGCUGCUGCUGCUUCCCCGAUAGUAUCCGCUACUGCCGUUUCCAGUACGCAUAAAACUCCUACUAGAGCGUCUACCCGUGCGAGUGCGAUUGACAGAGGGACGACCGGUCAGCAAAGUGGUUCACCGUCGGGCAGCAAACGGUUGCGAGAACAACGGUCCGAACAAAGCUCGACAAGAUUAUCCGGCAACAGGAAGGCUAGUUCCGGUAGUACGGAGAGUAGUGGUGGCGUAUCUACUUCCAGCCCGAUACGACUGAAGCGUGCGGCUGUCGUACUAACACCGUUAAGUGCCGUACGUCGGACGCUUGUUUCAGGCGAAUUAAUAACUCCAACUACGGUAGCCACCUCACCGAGACGACCGAAUCGAAAAGCGACACGAACGGAGAAAAAGUAAUGCCAUAGCUCAUACAUGAAUGCAGUCGAUACGAUAUUACUUUUAUACGUGUGGAAUGCAUUACUUGAUAAUAUAUUUUUCUAUAAAUAUUCACUAUAAUAUGACGAAAAAAGGGCGAAAAGGCGUGAGCAAAACUGUAUCAUUGGGAUAGAGCAAUCGUCACACAAAGACAAAACAUCGGGUAUACGUACCGGACAUCGAACCGUUAUUUUAAUCUCCCAAUAUCCGCUUAUUAAUAUCCGCUCGUAAAACUAAUGAACUACUACUUUUAUCGAAUAUCUUUCCGCAAAGCAAAGCAAAAGUAGUAUGGUAGAACCACUUGUUCUCAUCAUCUAACUGUCAAAUUGAAUGAGUCCAGUGGUCUGCAACCAGUGAUGAAAAAUGUUGUACGUAAAAAUAGAUCCAGAAAUUUGCUAUGGGAAUUGUUUCGUAUUUUACUGAAAACAAGAAUGUAUUUUUUAAAUUUCUCGAUUUUGCAAUACAUAAAAGAAACGUUAAUCAACACAAACGGAAAGCGACUUUACAUUCUUCACGGUGUUUAGGUGUUUAUUUCUCUUUUUUUUCUGUACGACAUCAGCAAAUCUAAAUUAGCUAAUGCGAUGUUGCUGCUCAUGUUUCACGCUACAUUCAAAUAUUCACAUCUAUAAUUGCAUUUCAUUGUAUAAAAUUUCGUUUGCCGCACGACCACUA